AUCUCCAGCCCAUCGGCUCCGGGCUCGGCGUGGUAUCCUGUUCCGACGGGAUCGUGAGACGCAUACAUUCUGAUGAGGACCGGAAUCAGAUAAUCGAUAAUGUCCACUUCUAGACCAGGCGAGCACCUCACCAUCGGCUAUCCGCCACAAAGUGUCUCGGCUCAAGGUCGGUCGAACUCGCCCACAACUUCUUCGCCGAACGAUCCGCAGUCCGCCGGCAGCAACCUUCGGUCGCCCUUUGGUCUUUCGCCUGGCCUGACCCCCACAUCCAAGAUGUCGGCCGCGUCGCGCUCCGGCGCCGGCUCGCCCUCGCACGAGAUAGCCGCGUCCGGCCGCCUGUUCUCCAAACGGGCUAGAGAAAUCCAAGCCCAGGAAGGCGUUCCGGGCUUGCCGAUGAACCCCUGGAACGGCCCUCCCACGAGCGGAAAUUCGACUCCGCUUCGCGAGAACAUCCCCGAGUCGCCCACCGAUGGCUUCCCCGACUUUGCUCAGCUGCCCACCCCGGACAGCUUGCCGCAGACGCGGCGGACCCGUGCGGGCACAUUGCCAUCUAGGUUCUCGCCCGGCGCCGCUGGCACUUCCCUGCUCGGCGUGCCCGCCCUGGCCUCCAAGACGUCCCGCCCGAGCCCGUCGCAGACUCCAUUCAAGUCCCCUUCGCCGGGUCUUGAGGCGCCCGGCGAUCUCUCGAGCGGGUCCACGUUGCUUUCAAGGCUGCGUGCUGGCUCCAUGCCUCAGCGGAGCCCCUUCGCUCAUGUUUCGGGCACGAGCUCCCCGUUUGGGCCUUCCAUCUUCAGCAGCUGGAACCCGACCGGCCGCGAGAGGGGCAAUACCCUGGCGAGCAUUGCGAGCCUGGGGUCCAACGGGCCCAGUUCUCCAGCCCAGUCCCACGUCUCCCGCGAGGGGACUGCUGAGACCGAUGUUCAUAUGAGAACGCUGGACUACCUUGGCUUGGCUGAGACCCCCCAACCACCUCGUGCGCAGCUUGCCACCCCCUACCUGCCGAAUUACGCCGACUUUACCAAGGCCGCCAACCGGUUCCGAUCCUACUCGGUCAACAACAAAGACAGGUACGCCGACGAUGAGGAGGACGAGUACGACGCCGAGGCCAUGUCCAUAAUGGAGAGUCACUAUGCACAGCUUCAAGACCAGCUUGCCGCAACGAAUGCCGCAAUCCACAGCCAUAACUUGGCCGUGCAGGCCUUUGCGAGCCAAGCGGCUGUCAGCCGUCCGCGUGCAAGGACCGCCGGCGUCCUAGACACCCCGCCGUCGCGCAUGCUGCGCAACUACCUGCCUACUCCGUCGAGACUCGACAACUCGUUCACCGCGGCCGAGAUCCAGCUGCCGGAUGAGAAGACGUUCGACGACCUCGCGCAGACUACGGCCGCGAUGUCCUUGGGAAGGUCGAAUAGCCGGAACAACGGCCUGUUGGGAGCGGAGGAGCAGGGGCUGGAAGGGCCAACCAGCGCGCUGUGGCUCGGCAGCAUCCCGACGUCCACCACGACGUCUACGCUGACCGAGAUGUUCAAGUCGUACGGUCCGAUAGUAUCGGCCAGGGUCUUGACCCACAAGAACUGCGGCUUCGUGAACUUUGAGCGCAUUGACAGCGCCAUUGCGGCCAAAGCUACCAUGAACGGCAAGGAGAUAUUCCCCGGCGCGGGGCCGAUUCGUAUCAACUUUGCCAAGCCGCCGUCCAGCACCGGCACCCCGGGCCACGACGGAGCUGUCCCUUCUCCCAGCCCUGAUCCGUUCGCUAAGGGCCAGGAGAAUGGCCAAAAUGCCGGCGCCGGCGCUGGCGCGUCCGGCGAUGCGGGACCGGCGCCCGUCGCAGGAAACAACAUCACCCCCACCGUGCCGCCUCUUCGUGAGAUGACCGGCGAGAUUCUCAACAUUGUUCGGCAGUUUGGGGCCACCGAAGAAGACAGCUUCCGCAUCUCGAUGAGCCUGGAGCGGGCGAUUGAGUACAAUGCCUUCAUCGACGAGAUCCCCCCCAUUAAGGAACCUUCCCACACCAGGGUUCACGACGCGCCGAAGCUACGCGACAUCCGCAAGAGGAUCGACAACCAGUCACUGUCGCAGCAGGAGAUCGAGACCAUUGCCAUCGAUAUGCUUCCCGAGAUUGCCGAGCUCUCGUCUGAUUACCUGGGCAACACGGUCGUCCAGAAACUCUUUGAGCACUGCUCCGACCCCGUCCGGGACUCGAUGCUGGCCGAGAUUGCCCCGCAUAUGGCCGAGAUCGGCGUGCACAAGAACGGCACUUGGGCAGCCCAGAAGAUCAUCGAUGUGUGCAAGACGCCGCACCAGAUGGGCCUCAUUGUCCAGCACCUGCACCCGUACACGAUUCCGCUGUUCCUCGAUCAGUACGGCAACUAUGUCCUGCAGGGAUGCUUGAAGUUCGGCAGCCCUUACAACGACUACAUUUUCGAGACCAUGCUGAGCAGGAUGUGGGAGAUCGCUCAGGGGCGCUACGGUGCCCGCGCCAUGCGGGCCUGUCUCGAGAGCCACCAUGCCAGCAAGGACCAGCAGCGGAUGCUGGCGGCUGCGAUCGCUCUGCACAGCGUACAGCUGGCCACCAACGCGAACGGUGCUCUGUUGCUCACCUGGUUCCUCGACACGUGCACAUUCCCGCAGCGACGGACCGUACUGUCGCCUCAGCUCGUCCCGUACCUUGUCCACCUGUGCACCCACAAGGUUGCGUAUCUGACCGUCCUCAAGGUGAUCAACCAAAAGGCGGAGGCCGAAGCGAGGGACAUCAUCCUCCGGGCGCUUUUCUUCACGCCAAACGACCAGGUCUUGGAGGCGAUCCUCAGCGACCAUGCCUGCGGCGCGACCCUGAUCUUCAAGGUUCUGACCACCCCGUUCUUCGAUGAGACCAUCCGGAACCAGGUGGUCGAGACGGUCAAGUCGGUCUUGAUCCGCAUCAAGGCGCAGCCGGGGCAGGGCUACAAGCGGUUGAUGGACGAGGUCGGGCUGGCGACGCGGAGCACGGGGGGCGGAGGCGGCGGCUCGCGCGACCACGGGAGCUCGGAGCGUCAACGCCCCGGUUCACGCCAGGCGGCAAACGCCCAGCACCACCACCAGCAACCGCCGCAGCAGCAGCAACAGCAGCAGCAUCCGUCGCAGCAUACCGGACAGUAUGGCGGGAGUAGCAACCAGCAGUACUACAACCCGCUGAAUGCGGCGUCCAGCCCGGCCAACUACGACAUGGGCUUCGGCAUCCCCCGCAGCGAAGGCGUCGACCAAUUCCCGCCCUUCAAUGCCCAGACCCCAAUGUUCAACCCGCCUAACCAGCCGAUGGGGCCGAACGCGCUCCAGCAGCUGCAGUUCCAGCAGAACAUGAUGGCGCGGGGCGCCCCGCCGCCGCCCAUGAACAACUUCUUCCCCCCCAUGCAAGCCGGCUACGGCAGCUUCCCCAGCCCGAGCCCCUCGCUGGACCAGUACCGCGGCCAGCCCGUCGCGAACGGCAGCCCGAUCCCGCCGCCCGCGCAGAUCCCGACGGGCGGGCAGCCGUCGGCGCCUUUCGGCGCGCCGGCCUUCGGCGUCAACGUGCCGCCCGGCAUGGGCGGCUUCGGCUAUGCCAACCCGAUGCAGAACCCCGCCAUGGGGUACAUGCCGCAGCAGCAGGAACAGAUCAGCCAGAGGCCGCGCGGGCGCGUGGGCCGGAGCCCCCAGCCUGACGGCAGGCAGCGGCGCCAGUAAAACUUGGAUUCUUUCAUUCGACUCUGCUGCGUUUGUAGCGGGAUAGAGGGUUACUUUACGUACUUGUUUAGUUCUGUGAAUUUUCUCCUUCCUGUUCCCGUCUGCGGAGAACGAGACCCUCACGGCAAAAGCGAAAGAGCCAGGAACGGCCAAGAGAGGCUGCAGCGCGCUGCUUGAUAGGAGAGAGGGCAGGGGGCCGGGAGCCAGGGGGGGCGCUUACUGUA